UUCACUUCGCUGGGUUCGGAACGAUUUGAGUUUUGGUGAAAUUAAAGUUUGAAUUUGAAACAGUAAUAAAGCAAUAAAACGAAAAUGACUACGGACAUAAAUCAGAUUGGAUCGCAAAAAGUUAAAAGCAUCACCAGCGGUGAGACGGUAGAGUUGAAAAGCUUUUGGGAGAACCAGAAUGUUGCCAUCAUUUUCUUCAGACGCUGGGGUUGCAUGCUCUGCAGAUUAUGGGCUAAAGAGUUAAGUGAAAUUGCUCCAGUUUUGAACAAACACAAUGUUAAACUGAUCGGUAUUGGUGUGGAGGAGGCCGGUUCUAAGGACUUCAUUAAUGGCAAAUAUUUCGAUGGAGAUUUAUACUACGUGGACAAUAUAUCAACAUAUCAGCUGCUGGGCUUCAAGAGGUUUAAUGUUGUGACCAUAAUUACGUCACUAUUCUGGAAACAGUCCAGAGACGCCAUUUUCAAAGGACGAGGCAUGGGCUUGGGUGGAGAUUUUAAGGGAGAUUGGGUGCAAACCGGUGGCGCUGUGCUCGUCGGAAAGGGCGGGAAUUUACUUCGCCAUUUCACUCAGACUGGACCCGGUGAUCAUUUGUCUAAUAAGGAUAUUUUGAAGCACUUCGGCCUUGAGAACGAGUAUAAUCCAGAGACAAUGGCCAACAAGAAUCCAGAGGAAAAGGAGUGCACUACAGAGGCGAAGCCCUAAGCAGUGGUUGGUUGUACUACAAGAACAUUCGCUAGCCCCCAUACAUACAAUAUGGACGGAACGGCGAUGUAAACGAAGUUGGGUGUAGUUUCCAAUCCAUUGACGAUUUUAUAUGACUAUAAUUACUCAUGAGACUGAUGUAACCCGCAUUGGUUUGUGGGCAAGCGAAAUUGUAAGUUAUUACUUGUAUUUAAGGCCGUAAAUUGCGUGCC